GUUUAUCCCGGGACUCACAAACACACCCCCACGCACAGGGAAACCGAUGGGAUGCUACUAAAGCCGGCUGUGGAUUGGAUCAUUUUAAGACUUUUUGUGUGUUUUUGUUGUUUCUUUACCACCGUGACAACUUUGGGAGGACUUUUUUUUAAUUCGUCAAAGACGGAGCAAAUGGGUGGCUCAAGUAGGUAACAGGUUUGAAAAAAAAAUCCACGCAAGUUUCUGGGACUACAAAUACGUAUUUGAUGGGAAAAAUGGAUAAGUCACACCAUCGGACUGAAGGAUUUUAAGCGCUAACCUUAAAGAUGAAGAUGUAUCCCGGUCAUGUGUGUGUCCUGGCUGCUGCACUCUUGGCCCUCCUGGCUCCCGGGGCCCAGGCUUGUCCCAGGAGCUGUAACUGCUACCAGGCCAGCGAAGUCCACUGUACUUUCCGUUCUCUGCUCACCGUCCCUCCCGGAUUGCCCGUACACACACGUCGCAUCAACUUGGGAUUCAAUAGCAUCAGCAGGAUCCAUGACGGUUCGCUCGCCCGGUUGGAGAGGUUGGAGCUUUUGAUGCUGCACAGCAACGUCAUCUACAGCCUGCCGGAUGCACUGUUCAAAGACCUGAAAUCACUGCAGAUACUAAAACUGAGCUACAACAAGCUGACAGAGAUCCCUUCAUCCCAGACCUUUUUUGGCCUGACCUCGCUACUGCGUCUGUACUUGGAUCACAACCACAUCCAGUACAUCCACCCUCGGGCUUUUCUCCAGCUGCCAAACCUCCGUUUGCUCCGUCUGCAAGGGAACGGGCUGCAUCAGCUUCAUCCCCAAGCUCUGUGCACGGUUUCCCUCCUCAACACUUUCUACUUUUCUACACUCAGGCACUUAGAUCUGUCCAACAACAGUCUACGCACCCUCCCCAGGACCACCUUUCAGACCGCCCCCAUGCUGGAAACAGUAGCGCUGCAGGCCAAUCCCUGGAGCUGUGACUGCAGGAUGAGUUGGUUCCCCACCUGGCAUUUUACUCACCAAGAACUAUUGAAAUGUGCCGGAGGUCCUCAAUGUCCAAUAUGCGAAUCACCAAGUGCACUUCAAGGUCAAAACCUGCUAGAACUGAAAGAUCUGACCUGCAAAUCCCCUGUGAUUUUCCUACGAGGAGAAGAAACGCAUCCUGAGAUGGAAGUCACUGAAAUUCAACCUGGUGAAUCCUUCCGAAAGCCUUUAGGCAAUGCUUCCCUUGGGCUGUCGGACCAAGAGGGGAACAGUGUCCAACUACGCUGCAGCAUCACUCACUCGGCGGACUCCCAGAAUGAGUUUCCUGCCCCGGAUCUCUCCCUUUCCUCUUCUUCUCCUGUCGCCAUGGCAUUGUCUCUCACUCUGGAAUGCCCCAUGGAAAGAGCGAGCCAUGAGAGUCUUUGGAGGAUCCUGGCUUACUAUAGUGAGACUGCAGUGCAACUUGAGAGGGAAAUCAUGUCGAAUAAACCUCCAGAUUUGGCAUACCGCUAUAGGCAAACAACCGAGUCGGAGGGUUACUAUAAUACUGGAGUCAAAGCCACCGUCCAAACAGGACCGCACUGGUUAAUGCAGGAGGCAAUCGGAAUUCAGCUCAACAGAGCACAGUCUAGUCGGCAUGCGGUCAGCCUGAUAUACUCCACAAGGGUUUCUGCUCGUCCUGACCCCACAACAGAUCCAGCGUCAUCUGACACCGCUUCUCACCCAUGGGUACUCAUUUCAACUAACCGUACCGCCACAGCGCUAGCAGCUAUAGCAGGUUCCAGGCUGGAGCUCCCCUGCCCUCUUCUAAGUUCUGGUAAUCCCCAAGUACAUUGGCUUCUCCCUGACGGAUCAAAACUUACUUCGCCUUCCGGUAGUCAUGAUGGUAGGAUUCAGGCCUCUGACACCGGGCUCCUGCUGCGGAAGGUGGAAGUCUCAAAUACAGGGCUUUACUACUGUUUAGCCCAGGCUGGAACUGAUUCAGAUCUUCUCCCUAUACGCCUGAUAGUCGAGGAGUCCUCUGCACCACCGACAGGUGAGCAAGUUGGACCUCCUGUCACAGGAGAAGCUGGACAGCCCGUAAGUCUAUCUUGCAGGGUAUCUGGUUCACCGGAACCACACACAAGUUGGGUGUUACCAAAUGGAAAUAUAGUUCGGAAGGGACUAGCAGUAUCAGGUGGACUUAUGAUGCAAUCAAAUGGGAGUCUAUUUCUUUACAACCCCUCUCGGAGAGAUGCCGGUCAAUACCGUUGUGUUGCUGUCAACCAGUACGGUAGCGCCUCCUUGUCCACGAACCUAGAAAUAAACCCACGGAAGUCUCUGUCUCUUGGAGAUGUCCCAGUGGGGCCACAGUCAGCCUCUGGACGAUCAACAAAGAUACGAGCACCGCUAUUACAUCCAAUAGAGGAAGGAUCAGGGGAUGAAGUUGAGGAGGAAAAAGAGAACACUAUUGUCGGUAAUAGGAAUCACCCAAGACCCAAUUCAAACAGACGAUUCCAAGUCGGUAAAUCCCCAAGACGAGGGUCUUUCAGAGAAGGUUUCUUGAGGAGAGGAGGGAGGCCGAUGUCACCGGAGCAGAGAAGAAACCGCUAUGAGAACAGGCCUAGAAUCACCACAAACAAACAAAAAAUAGACCCUCAAAAAUGGGCCGACUUACUGGCAAAGAUACGUCAGAAGACUACGCUCGCUAACAACAGUGACGAUAUCACAACAGAGAGACCCAUCGCAAAACCAUCACGAGGAGAAGAAAACACAGAAAGAAACGAACAUGUUGAUGACACAAACAUCGAGGGAGCAGACGGAUCAGAAAUUGAAGGGUCGUCAGUCGAUGACGCUAUUGUGCGAGAGGAAAGUCUACAUCCUACUUAUCCCACUCAGACAAUAAACGACGUAACACGAGUGGAAACUAGGACAAAAACAGACACUGAGAGACAAACAGACCGCGGGUCCUUGAAAACACAAACACACGAGAACGAGGCUGUAACACAGCUCCCCGAAACAACACGGACAAAUCCAGUCACCUUAACACCAACCUUUGGAACUAAUGAAAUUGACCCAGAUCCAGCUGGAGGAGAGGAACAGGAAGUUAACCCCACCUCCUCGACAGUCAGACCUUCAAAACCACAGAGGGGAUUCAUGCCUAAUUUAGUUCCAAAAACACGGCCUCAAAGCCCGUGGAACUCUCGCAGGAGGAUCGGACAGCGGAGGCGAGUCAUCGGCAGGCCAAGGGGGCGACCUAUGACACCACCGCGACCUCUGCCUGAUUCUCCAAAACAUGGGACAACUGUCACUCUAGUGUCGAAAUUCACCACGUCUCUACCGACUACGGAGAAAGAGACUGCUAAUACUCAAACUACUUUUUCUUCUCCAAAAGUUACCAUUGUGAAUCCGACGAUUCCUACCACUCUUGAUAUCACCACUUCAACAUUCAACUUGCCCUCACAGACUCCUUCCACCCGGACUCCAUUGACCCACAUUCACACGGAGACACACACAGACAUGACUGCAGUCUUUAAAUCCCAAUCACCAGUGACUGAUGACUCUUAUGAUGCACACACAAAAACACAAAAAACCUCAAGCGUCAAUGAUGAUGGAUCAUCGGGCACAGGAGGUGAAGGCCUGGAAACUAAACUUGAUGUUGGACGGAACGUGUCUCCUAUCCUCACCACACUACCCUCCACUGUUUCCUUGGCAACUCCUUCAGUCAGUCCCACAAAUAACUACGUUACCAGCGGUAUUGGUGUUGCAGCUCUAGAUGACACACUUUCAACACCGAGUACAUUGGAACGUUUUAGUCCAUCGACAAUGUCUCCCGUAACUACAUCUGUUUACAGCACUGCCAAACAUGCCACGUCUUCAACGCUUACAUCUACGGCUCCCACAACUGUUAUAUAUUCUUCCACUACCCUCCCCACGAGUACAACUUUCAGUGGUACAGAUGCAGCAGAUCCAUUCCAAGCUAGUUCCCAAAUGAAUUUAGUUACUUCUACGUUUGGUGCCACCUCGGCCAAAAUGAAAUUAACUCCAACCAGUAGUAACUACAACUCUGCUUCCACCACAACAAUAACUUCAAGCACUUCCACGUCAUCCAGAGAGAGGCCAAGCACCGGCCAGGUCAACCCCAAAGGGAGGCCUGCGUCUGGCGCUUGGAACCAGAGUCGACCCCCAACUGACUGGAGAAACCCCGGAGCUAAUUUCAUUCCAGAUUCACACAGCAGCAGGCCACAGUGGUCUCCAUCCCCUCUUCCUGCCUCCCCACGGGUACCGGUUUUACGAUCCAGGCCAAAGAUUGCUGACCCACACAUCAGAACUGUGUCAUUCCCAGCAGAAGGCAUCGCAAGACUGACAUGUGAAGCUCAAGGAGAACCAAAACCCUCCAUCACAUGGACCAAGGUUGCCACAGGAGCGGUCAUGUCAGUCCAUUCCAGGUCUCAGCGCUUUGAGGUGCUACCAAACGGCAGUCUUGUCAUCCGAAACGUUCAGCUGCAAGACAGGGGCACGUACAUCUGCAGCGCUUACAGCUUCCUUGGUCGCGACCGGCUGCUAACCACCUUGGAAGUAUGGACACGUCCCCCUCGAAUGCAGCUGCCCAGCUAUAAAGAAUCCACCAUCCAUCAAGGUGGAGAAGUCCACCUGGAAUGCCGAGCUAGCGGUGUCCCAGCUCCUCUCCUCUCUUGGGUUCUUCCGGAUCGCUCUGUCCUCACCUCCACUGCCAACUCGAGCAAUCGAAUCAGCAUGGACCCGAACGGAACCCUUCAUGUUUCAUUAAUCUCACCAAGUGACCGCGGCAUAUAUCGUUGCGUGGCCUCCAACUCAGCUGGCGCCGCCAGCGCUUCCGUUCGCUUGCACGUCUCUCAACCCAGAGAGGAACACCUCCUCUUGGCUCCAGGGAGACCUCUUUAUGUACACUGCUCCGCGAGAGGGGCCCCGCCACCGACUUUAAGAUGGCGUAUCCCAAGUGGGGCUCAAGUUCGGCCAACACAGUUUCUCCACGGGAACCUUUUUGUCUUGCCAAACGGGACCCUGCAUAUUCGAAAAGUGGGGCCUAAGGAUGCUGGGAUUUAUAAAUGCACAUCCACGAAUGCAGUUGGAACCGAAAUGAGGACCGUAAGAGUAGAAAUUAAAGAGGAAACCACCGGGACAAGCGAUGCAUCCUCUAUACUGAAAAACACUUCUUCGUCUCUUCACGGCUACCAUUCAAAGCCUCACCUGAUCCCUCAGUCACCUUCUCACGGAUCCAAGAAAGGGCCAGGAACGGUCUCAAAAUCCUCACCUGACCCUCACCAGACUGCAGACUCAAAAAUCAAUAGAACAGUCGUCACCUCCCCCUCAGCGACCCAUAACACCACAGUGUCCUUUGGGGUUGGAAAAAACACGUCUGAAAAAGUCAACGCUUCAGUCGUGUUGCAUUCCAUGCCCGUCUCUCCAUUCAGUAAAGCCCGGAUUGUGUCCAGCUCACCGUCCACCACGACCGUGUCCUACGGGGAGAAACUGCAGCUUCACUGCUCUGUAACGGGGAACCCGUCCCCUAUUAUUAUUUGGAGGACACCCAGCAGGAAAUUGAUCGACAUGCAUUUUAGUUUCGACAGACGUCUGAAGGUGCACCCGAAUGGCACGCUGUCGGUCCAGUCAGCGACAGAACGGGACGUCGGAGACUAUCUUUGCAUUGCACGAAACAAGGUUGCAGAUGACUAUCGUCUCUUGCGUGUUUCUGUGGUCGUCAAGCCGGCGAAAAUUGAGCACAAGCUGCCUUUCAAUCAGAUGGUCUCGUUCGGGAAGGCGCUGAAGGUGGACUGUUUGGCCUCCGGUCGACCUAACCCUGCUGUGAGCUGGAGUCUACCAGAUGGAACAACGGUGAACAGUGUGUUGCAGGGGGCGGAUAGACCAGGACGGACGCGGAGGUUAAUCGUCUUUGAUAACGGAACGCUUCUGCUUCCGGCAGUGGGCAUGGGAGAGGAAGGGGAGUAUAUCUGUUAUGCCGAGAAUCAAGGAGGUCAAGAUAUCAUGAAGGUAAACGUCAAAGUCAUGACAAGAUCUCCUCCAGCUUUCAGUGGUGACAGAAGCUACCAAGUCAUUAAAGUACGCCAGGGUGCAACCGCCACCAUUCGCUGCCAGGCUAUGGGUGAUCCCCCACCAACUGUGACCUGGUUCUCUCCAGGACACCGCGCCAUUCCAUCUCGUUCUGGUUUUUACUCCGAUCGGAUAACGGUGGCAUCAGGAGGAACUCUUGAGAUCCGUUUGGUCCAGAACACCGAUACAGGAAACUACACAUGCCAAGCAAGCAACUCAGCAGGGAAGAAAAUAAUGGUGGUGGGUCUUGAGGUGGAGGUCCCUCGUCAUGGAAACAACGGCUUUAGUGUAGCAACCGGUGCUCUUAAUCCAGCCCAAAGGAGUCAUUCUGAAAAUGGAUUCAAAAGUCCUACAAGUGGAAUCAAAACCCAGCUCAGCCGCGUUAUCAGCAUCGGUGUGAACGGCGGCGGAAACGUAGGCGUAAAAGCGGAUAAUAUCGGAAUUAUGACUAGAAAUGGACCAGUAACUUUAAUCGGUGAAACAACAACAAGAACCAGCAACGAAGUCGCAGAUGCAAUGAAGUCGAACAACGACGCAAACCCCGGCAGCGUUUCAAGAAACGGAGCGCUCGUAGGCGCUACUGCUAACCGUAGCGGUAGUAGAACCCUCAGCACAAGCCGGACAAAUAGCGACUCGGGAAUUAACGAUAAAAACAGGAACAGCGGAAUUAGCUCAAAUAAACCCGCGGCGAAGCAGCUAAUAACGAAAGGCCAAACUGUUCUUUUUCCGUGUCCAUAUCACGGUUCCCCGCCAUUAACUUGGUAUCUUCCCGGUAAUGGCGUCCUCCCGGCACCGUACUACGGAAGCCGGCUCACGGUGCACAGAAACGGUUCCUUGGAACUGCGGGGAGCUCGUGUAAGCGACAGUGGGACCUUUACUUGCGUAGUUAGAUCGGACAAAGGAGAAACCAGACUUCAGUACGAGUUGGCGGUCACAGAACCACAGGAAGUAUCCAGAUCGGUUUCAUCCGCGGUUCCUCGCUCAAGAACCUCGCCAUCGAAACCAGCAAUUACUGCUUCAAAGCCUACAGAACGUGGGGAAUCUUCGCUUGAAUCCCCUGAUCCAGUCGGUCCUCCUGCACCUUUGGCUGUUUCAGGACCAGCUCUGAGCACCAAGACCGCUUCCUUGAUGAGCAUCAUUAAUGGAGAAACUCUUCGUUUAGUCUGCUCUGUUUCUCAAACCUCAAAAAACACCCACGAUUCCAUUUCUUGGACUUUCCCCAACGGCAAAGUCGUGUCCAAGGGCGAGAGCGGCGACUCCGGACGGUACGUUGUCCAAGAGGACGGUACGCUGGUUCUGCAGCAGACGUCCGUGUUUGACCGAGGCACCUACACCUGCACAUCCACCAGCCGUGAUUCCUCCUCCAUUUCGGUUGUCACCGUCCCCGUCAUAGUCAUCGCCUAUCCGCCGCGCAUCACGACGGGUCCCUCGCCGGUUACCUACACGCGUCCCGGCGUCGCCGUGGAGCUGCCCUGCCUCACCAUAGCAACACCCCGUGCCGUGGUUACCUGGGAAACACCAGACACGACACAGCUGAGGGUGAUGGGGCAAGCUCGUAUCUAUGGUAACCGUUAUCUCAGUCCCGGGGGUUCUUUGGUGAUACAGAAUCCCUCGAGUCGGGACACGGGAUUUUACAGGUGCACGGCCAAAAAUGUGAUCGGAGUGGACACCAAGACGACGUACCUGCAUGUUAUAUGACGCGGCAAAGAACGCUGACACAGCACAACUGAAGUAUUAACUCAAUGCCCAAAGCAACUGCAAAGCUCUGUUAAGAUACUGUUGAUGUUUAGAAAAUACUACAAAAUAUAUAUAGUGUGUGUUUUUAUAGUGUUUUUGUUGUUGUAUCAGGUUAUUCAAGGUUCUUUCUUUAUGCAUUUACAUCUACUACGUAUUUACCAAAUGUGCCUGGUCUUUAUGAUGGGGCUGACACACAUUUCAAAAUGGUGCUGAAGUUGCAGGUAUUUAUAGUAAUAGUAAUGGUUUAAUUUCAUUUGAACAUGCAUCAGAUUACAAUUGAAUGCAUCACAUAAUCAGUUCACAGUUCCACAUGUCCGAAAGGAGUAGGAAGAAGCAAAGCUUAUUAAAAAAAAAAAAAACACCUCCAUAUCUGGUACUUUUACAAUCAGUAACUGUUACAUUUGUUCACUUCCUGCUUUCCAUAAUACAGUUUAAGGUUUUUUUGUUUGUUUUUUUUUUACUGUCACAUUUGUUCACUUCCUGCUUUCCAUAAUACAGUUUAGCGCAGGGGUGGGCAAACUUUUUGACUCGCUUUUGGCCGCAUUGACUUAACAAAAUUGACCGGGGGGGGCAUACUAUAUAUUCUACACGUAACAGUCUACCUGGAAUUAUUGUAUCUGUAGUUUCAAUGAAAUACUUUGGGCCGUAUUCAAACACUUGGCGGGCCGCAUGUGGCCCCCGGGCCGUAGUUUGCCCACCUCUGGUUUAGCGUGUUUAAAAAAAAAUUUUUUUUUUAAAUUUUCGUCACGUACCAAAGUACUUUGGUGAUAUGAUUUAUGAUUUUAAAACACUGUCUCUUUCUUGGUUAAUUCAUAGGAAUCAAAAUCUGCCUGGAAUCAAUUCUGAAUCCUGCCAAUAGGAGGAUAAGAUCAUUUUUUUGCACAGUUUUCUAACUCACAAACUGCCAAAUUUGAUUUCAAACAUAAUGGUUGCACAUUCGGAAUUUAUUUUUCAACAUUACAAACAUAGAUUAUUAUAAUUAGGAUUUUUGUGAACAUAAUUUUUGCCUGCACCUUCGCAUAUUUAACAAUGCUGUGUGAGAUACAAAUUUGAUUUAUUUGCAAGACCAAGUGCAUCUUUGUAAUUAUUAAAAAUUAAAUUUGACAAUUAUUUUAUUCCAGGUAACGUGCAAAAAAAGAUAGCAGCUGGUAGCAAACUAUUUUAAUUUCUUUCAUGUUAAAUUAUUGCUCUUGUAAAGACUGUAAAGACUGUUUUUCCUUGUGAGAAAGUGGCUACGUUGGAGUCUUACUAUAUUU